AUGGCAUACAAUUUUCAAGGUGUGUUCUCGACCGCUAACGCCAUACACGACUCGAACUUGAGCAUGAUCUUCUCCAGAGUGGGGUUUGAUGCGCAAGUCCAAGUCCAGAUCUUCGUCGCUCAGCCUCGCGAUUCAAGUGCAAGGCUUAGCGCAAUAAAUACGGCGAAAGUGGAGCAUCAUGAACUCAUUCAGAAGUGA